AACAAAGUGGUGGCUGUGGAUGGUGUGAAGGUGAAGUUGCAGAUCUGGGACACGGCGGGACAGGAGCGUUUCCGCAGCGUCACCCACGCCUACUACAGGGAUGCCCAAGCCCUGCUCCUGCUCUACGAUAUCACCAGCAAGAUGUCCUUCGACAACAUCCGCGCCUGGCUGACGGAGAUCCACGAGUAUGCCCAGAAGGACGUGGUCAUCAUGCUGCUGGGCAAUAAGGUGUGUGCAGGCAGCGAGAGGGCUGUGAGGACGGAGGAUGGAGCAUCGCUGGCCAGGGAGUACGGGGUGCCUUUCAUGGAGACGAGCGCCAAGACGGGCAUGAACGUGGAGUUGGCCUUCCUGGCCAUUGCCAAGUGA